ACGCGCGCUUCGGCGGCGGAAACGAACAAAAUGGUACGAUUACGACACUUUGCAGUUGCUGGCAGAUCUUUCUCAACGUACGCGGUGUAUUUAGCCAAAAAAAAAAAAAAAAAAACUUUACAUAGAAGCAAAGAUAGAUAGAGCCGAUCACAUGAAAGCCUAAAAACUUGGUUAAAAUCCCAUGACUCCUACAACUAACUCUGACUCUUUCAAAAACAAAACUACUUAAAAAGAUUUUGCAAUUUAAUCCCAUUACUCUCUCUCUCUGCAACCAAAAAUCCCCACAUCGGUUUCCUUGUUUUUUUUCUCUUCUCUUCUCUUGCGUUGCGUUGGGAGUUUUUGGAGCUUCUGCAAUCAUCCAUCAAUGGACAAGAAGAAAACUCAGGUCGGAGCAGAGCAUGAGACGGAGAAGAAGAAGUAUCCGAUAGGGCCGGAGCAUUACUCUCUCUUUGAGGAGGUAGGUCAAGGUGUCAGCGCCUGUGUCCGCCGAGCUCUCUGUAAGCCCUUCGACGAGAUCGUCGCCAUCAAAAUUCUCGAUUUCGAACGCGAUAAUUGUGAUUUGAAUAAUGUUUACCGUGAAGCACAGACUAUGGUCCUGGUUGACCAUCCGAAUGUACUGAAAUCUCACUGCUCCUUUGUCAGUGGUCACACUCUGUGGGUUGUCAUGCCAUUCAUGGCUGGGGGGUCUUGCCUUCACAUAUUGAAGGCUGCACACCCAGACGGUUUUGGGGAAGCAGUUAUAGCCACUAUAUUGCGUGAGAUAUUGAAGGGUUUGGAGUAUCUUCAUCAUCAUGGCCACAUACAUCGAGAUGUCAAAGCUGGGAAUAUUCUUAUUGAUUCUCGUGGUGCAAUAAAGCUUGGGGAUUUUGGUGUUUCUGCUUGCCUUUUUGAUUCAGGGGAUAGGCAACGUGUAAGGAAUACAUUUGUGGGGACCCCUUGCUGGAUGGCACCUGAGGUCAUGGAACAACUUCAUGGUUAUGACUUCAAAGCUGAUAUCUGGUCUUUUGGUAUAACUGCAUUGGAGCUUGCUCAUGGCCAUGCACCUUUCUCAAGAUACCCUCCAAUGAAGGUGCUGCUUAUGACGUUGCAACAAGCCCCUCCUGGCCUUGAUUAUGAAAGGGACAGAAAGUUUUCUAGGUCUUUUAAGCAAAUGAUUGCUAGUUGCUUGGUGAAAGACCCUUCACAACGGCCUUCUGCAAAGAAACUGCUGAAGCAUUCAUUCUUCAAGCAUGCUCGGUCAAAUGAUUACAUUGCAAGAACGCUCCUGGAGGGGCUUCCUGAUCUCGGUGACCGCAUUAAGGAAUUGAAGAGGAAAGAGGAAGAUAUGCUUGCACAAAAGAAAAUACCAGAUGGUCAGAAGGAGGAGAUGUCUCAGAAUGAAUAUAAACGAGGAAUUAGUGGCUGGUGUUUCGAUCUUGACUUCUUAAAGGAUCAAGCUUCACUGAUUCAGGAUAUUGACGAAACUGUAUCUGAUAGUAGUCAAACAGGGAGCUCAAGCUCUCUAUCUGCUCUCGAUGUAAACGAAAAGCAAUUAAAGUGUCCGAACUUACCUGAUAUUGCUGACACGGAAAAUAAUUGCAUGAACCAGAGCCAAUCAGCUACUUUUCCAUCAGUCGAGUCAACUUCAUAUGAUUACAAUAGACGUGAUAAAUCUGAUGAUGAAUCCACCGUUGCUAGUUCAAGCCAUGAACAACACAUAUCACAGCACUAUUCCCCUCUUCAUGACAAUCGCGUUGAAAAUAAUUUGGCUGAAAAGCCUGAUUUAGAGAAGAGUGGAAGAAAUUUGGAGGCCUUGGAUAUGCAUUCUCAAGAUAGAAGUCAAGGCUCAUUGGAUCAUGCCGAUUUACCAGGAUUUGUGAAUCUACAGAUUAAAGAAGAGAGUGAAAAGUUGCAAGGUCGAUCCCAGAAUGGUUCAACUUGUAAUGCUGCAGUAGUGCAACAUCCAGUAGACGAUGUGGCUUUUGAUGUUUCUUCAAGACUAUCUAAAUCACCAGCAGAUGGUGAAGAAAUUGAUGAGAAAGCAAAGGAACCUGUCGUUCAGCAGAAAGGACGUUUCAAAGUCACAUCCGAGAAUGUUGACGUGGAAAAGGUAGUGUCUACUCCUACGCUGCAAAAGAGUCAAAGCUUGCAGGUGAUUGCUCCACAUCAGCAGGUUCCUUCACCAUCUCCUUUUCCAUCACCGCAACCAUCAUUUCCACCAUCACCAUCUAAUACUGCUGCUUCAUCUGCUUUUUAUGGCGGUUCUCUUUUCUCGUUGUUGAACACUAUUUUGGAGACUAAUAUAGUUCAGAGGGACGUUAUUUUGAGUAUAAUGAAGCAAGUUGCUGCCAGUGACUUUACAGCUAAUGGACGUUGUAUGUCUUCUGGUGUCAUGGAACGAACUAUGCUUGAAGAAGCUCUCGAGAGGGAAAAACGGUUACUUCAUGAGAUAACUGAUUUAAGUGGGAGGCUCUUAGGUACCCAAGAUGAGCAACAAAAAAAUAAAACAGAAAAUGUGGAGGUAUAAUUCUUUUACAUCCGACCGGCCUAAUGGAUGUUGGACGAUUUAUUCGAGUUCUUUUACUCCGAACCCACGCCAUUCUUCGCAUAAAAAAGGGAAAUAUGUAGAGGAAGGAACGGAUCAUAAUGGCUCAGUGGCGUAGCAUCAUCAACAGCUAUAUUGCCCUUGCUAUAUAUGAUCUGUACUAGUUUUUAAUAAUAGAAACUAGUUCUUAGAUUCACAACGAUAUUAUUUCAU